GACAAAAUCGGCUAGAGACUACAACAACAACAAACAUGUCGGAAAGAUACAGUUUUUCGCUGACAACUUUCAGCCCCUCAGGGAAGCUGGUUCAGAUUGAAUAUGCAUUAGCAGCUGUUGCCGCUGGUGCACCAUCUGUUGGCAUUAAAGCAACAAAUGGUGUUGUCUUGGCAACAGAAAAGAAACAGAAAUCCAUCUUGUAUGAUGACAGUAGUAUACACAAGAUUGAACUGAUCACAAAAAACAUUGGAAUGGUAUACAGUGGUAUGGGACCAGAUUACAGGGUGUUGUUGAAGAACGCAAGAAAGUUGGCACAACAGUACUUCCUUCAGUAUCAGGAGCAGAUACCAACAUCCCAGCUUGUACAGAGAGUGGCUAAUGUCAUGCAGGAAUUUACACAGUCCGGUGGUGUACGUCCCUUUGGUGUGUCAUUAUUGAUGGCAGGAUGGGAUGAAGAUGAAGAAAGACCAUAUUUAUAUCAGUGUGAUCCAUCAGGUGCAUAUUUCGCCUGGAAGGCAACAGCUAUGGGGAAAAAUUUUGUAAAUGGAAAAACGUUUUUAGAAAAAAGAUACAGCGACAGUCUAGAAUUGGAAGAUGCUGUACACACUGCUAUUCUAACACUGAAGGAAAGCUUUGAAGGUCAGAUGACAGAAGACAACAUUGAAAUUGGCAUCUGUAACCAGGAUGGUUUUAAGAGACUUAGUACAGCGGAAGUGAAAGAUUAUCUCGCUUCGGUGCAAUGAUCUGUGUUGGACCAUUAGUUUCCAUAUUUUAACAUGCAUACUGAGAGCAUAACAGAAAACUGAUGUUAAAUUAUUCUUUACAUUCAAUGUGUCAUUUCAUUUUUUCAUCAUAUAAAUGGUUUUCUACUCAGCCCCAGAUACUUUUGAGCGAGGUGGAACAGAAAUAUAAUUUUAAAGAACUAUAAUCAAAAAUUUUGGAAAAGUUGCAGCAGAUGGCUCUUUAAGGGUAGUAACAAAUUGUUUGUUUGUCAUUCCAAUGUUUUCAUCAAAGGCAUUAGUUCAGUAAAGAGAGCAUUUCUGUGGCUGUGUUAUUGCAUUGCUGUAUACUAGUAAUUUUCAUUGAAGGCUCUGAACUGACAUCAAACAUCUUAAACUUCUUAUUUUCAGUACAGGUAAGAGCCAAAUUAAGAAUUUUGUGAACAAAAUAAUGAAAGUGUAUGUAUGAACUGAAGUGCUAAAAUUCAAGUUUCUCAAUAAAAUACUAAAAUGCAUGAAAUGUG